AUGUGACCAAAUCCUAUAAAAAUCGCUGAAUCUCAGAUUAGGAAGCUGAAAAGUCCUCCAAGGGUGCAAAAAAGGUCAAAUUCAAUUUCAAAUGAUAAAAUGCGACAGCAAGAUGAUGGCGAAAGAUAUUUUACAAGCCAUAAGGCAGAAUUAGAGUAUCUAAAAGAGUUCGCUAAACGAAAAAAAAUUAAAUUUAAUUGAAAAGAAAUCCAAAAGACAAAACCUAACCGUAAUAGUUUGAACUAUGAAGAUUAUCCAACAGAAAAUUCUGAAGAUAGCGAUAUUGAUUUUAUCAAUUUCAAUAGAAAAAGAAAUAGCAAAGCAUAUGGCAAAGGAAUGUAUUGAAACAAAGAAGACUUUUGCAAUUUUGAUGGAGUUGAUCAAAAGAGACUUACGACGGCUGACUUACUCCCAAGCCAUUAUUGAAUUAAAAUUGUUCAAAAAGUUAGAUAAAAAAUAUUGUGAUAAAAAUUAAUAUUAAUAUUUCAUUUCAAUAUUUUGAGGAUUUUCAUCAUUUUACUUUUAUUUAAUAAAAUAAUAAAUAUAUUUAAUAUAUUUAAAAUUGGCAUAUAUAUUUAAAUAAAAUUUGAACUUAAUAAUUGAACUUGCUGUUAAAUGGAAGGGAGUCAGAAAGUUUAAAAGAAAAAUAUUUAAAACUGAGAAAAUCUAAAAAUGGUAACGUUUCUUUUGACAGCUGAAUAGAAGAGUAUACGAAAUCAAAUAAUAUAAAAUUACCAAGCCACAGGAAAAAUUACUCUGUUGAUAAUGAACUAGAAAAUGCUGAGUCAAAGCAUAGAAAACAACCUCAAAAUAAGCUUCACUGGACAUUAAGACUAUCUAAAGCAAAAUAUCAAACAAAAUUCAAAAGAAAAAAUGCAGAUUCACCGCCUGUUGCUCCGAUCAGCUAUGGAAGUGAAACCAUGUUUGUCUACUUAUUAGGGGAUGAUAACUCCAAUUCAAACUCUAUUGAUGAAAUCAAUAAAGAAGAAACCCAACCUCUCACAGAAGGUCCUGAAAUUAUAAAAUCGAUCAAAAAUCCCCAAUAUUCCCCAUCAAAAGAUUAUUACAAGAAAAUAAAACAAAAUUUUUCCCCAAAUUCGAGCUUCAACAAAUUUCUAUCAAUCGAACGUGAAAAAGAUUAUUUUUCAUACAAACAAAUCCGAGAUUUUCCAAAGGUCCGUCUCUCUAAAUUAAUAAAGAAAUAA